UCUUGAUCCAUUUGAGCGACCUACUGCAGAACAACUUUAUAAAACAUUUGGGGGAUGGUUAUGCAAGGUAUUAAAUAUUCCUAGCUCCAAUAUUGCUAAACAGUUUCAAGAACGAAAAAAUUCGCAAUUUAUUGAUGAUAAGAUUGAAGUUCAUUCAGAAGCUACAUAUAAUAGUAGAUAUUACAAUUUUAAAGAACUUGAAUUACCAAAUAUUACCUUUACUAAAACUAACGGAUUAGAUGAACAUUUGGCUGUACGACAACAUAUAAUAGAUGAAACUAAAUUAUACAAUAUCAAAUUAGAAAUGAUUCAUGCAGAAAAUUCUAGUAUUGCAGCUAAAGUGCAUGAAUUAUUAGAUAUUCCUAAAUAUGAUACUAGUAAACAGUUUCAAAAAACUAAAGAACUACAAUUUUUUGAUAAAAAAGUUGAAGUUCAUUCGGAAGUUACAGAUAAUAGUGAUUUCAAAAAACUCAAAUUACCAACUAUUAGGUUUACUAAAACUAACAUAUUAGAUGAAGAUUUGGCAGUACGACUAUAUAUUGCAGAUGAAACUAAAUUAUACAAUAUUAAAGUAGAAAUGAUUCGUGCAGAAAAUACUAAUACUGCUGCUGCAAUAUAUGAAAUAUUAAAAGAUUUAUAA